CUGAGGCUCCACCAAUCAGCUCACACUGAACCUGUUUGUUUCUUGCUUGCUUCGUUUUUACCUGCCAUUUCUGACUUGCUCUUCUGAGGACUCCGCCGACACCUCACAGAGGCGUCGGUCAGCUUGAAGAACAAUGUCCACAGACGGAGUCCUCACACGCACCACCCUUGGAUGGACAACUUCAGAAAACUUCACUUCUCUGUGUCCUAAUGGGUCCAAAUGGGUUUGGGAGGGCCUUGGGGAAUGUGCCCAGGAUGCCAGAGAUAUGGCCAGCGUCUACCUGGGCCUCCUGUCCAUCCUCUGCUUCCUGGUGUCUUCAUUUCCGCAGUAUUACAACUCGUGGAAAAGUGGGAAUAUGGAUCAAGCGCUCUCCAUUUGGUUUUUGCUGUUGUGGUUGGGAGGUGACUCUUGUAAUCUGAUUGGCUCAUUUUUGGCAGAUCAGCUUCCGCUUCAGCAAUACACAGCUAUUUAUUACGUUGCAGCUGACUUGAUCAUGCUGGGUAUGUACACGUACUACAAGCUGAAGAACAAAGCUUCUCAANNNNCGCGUUUGCUCAUGGUUGGCGUAUCCUGCUUCUUAUGCUUUGCCACAAGCUUCACCCAACUCCCAGAUGUAGGCCCCCACAAGGAAAUCAUUUCUUCUGGGUUCAGAAGUCGCUCCUUGCUCUCAACCUCUAGCGCUAGCUCUAUCACACCUUUUACCACUAAAGAGAUUAUUGGUUUCUGCAUUGGGUCAGUGUCAUCAGUCCUCUACCUCUGUUCCAGAGGUCCACAGAUAUACACUAAUUUCAAGAGGAAGUCGACACAGGGAGUUUCUUACUUCCUGUUCGCGCUGGUCAUCCUGGGAAACACUACAUAUGGCCUAAGCGUCCUUUUGAAGAACCCUGACCUGGGCCAGGAUGAGAGCAGCUACAUGAUCCACCACGUGCCCUGGCUCAUCGGCAGCCUCGGCACCCUCAGUUUAGACCUCAUUAUCUCUGUCCAGUUCCUAAUGUACCGUAACGCUCAGCCACGGGUGGAAGUCAACCACGAUGAGACAGCACCUCUUAUCGGGAGCUAAACCAGAACACCCAGAGCUCAUCGGUGGCGAUCGACCGAAUGCUCGCUGUCAGUCGGAUCCUUACAAUCAUCUUUCUGACGCCAUCAGGAUCUUAACUGGAGACUUGGUGUUAUAGAUGUAUUUAUUAUGCUGUCAGCCUCUUUAAUGUUUACAAUCAAGUUUUGUAUGUGAUUAGUACAGCAGCAAUUGAAGUUCUUUACUUUUAGCGUUAAAGGGACAGUUAAAGGUUUCAGGUGUCAGACGUGGAUGAAAAUAUCCCGCUGUCAUCCUGAGACUGAAGUCUCCAAGCUCAGACUUGAAAUUUCUAGUAAAAACAUCUCAAAAAACAUCUCGGCUGCAUGUGAGCAAGCAAGGGACUGAAACCCAUCUCCUAUCAAGCAGGCUUGGUGGACCCGUAGCAAAGAAAAGAAAAGGUGAUCAGCCUGUAUUUGCUUUGAUUACCAUUAUGACAAUUUUACUGUUUAACCAGUUUUAUUAUAACAGGGGGGGGGGGACAUUAUUCAACUUCCUGUAAUUGGCUUCCCAACAACAGCAGGGACGCUUGUUUUACUCAUUAAUGGCCUUUUGUGAGCCUUUGUGUGCCCCGGUGCUUUCAUAACGAUACCGUGGAAAGAACUUCAGUCACUUUUAAUUUUUAAAACGUGAUAAAUCUAAGGAUUAUAACAAGCCCAGAUGUCUUUUGUCAGCAGGAGCCACUCGUUUACUAAGAAGUUAGGUGAACAUGGCCCCUGAGCUCUCAAUAUGAUGCCAACGCUCAUGUGAUAUUAUAAACUUGCUGCCUGGAGUGAUGAUAUCGCUGAGAGGUUUCUUUUUUAUUCUGGUGCUUUAAGUUGCCAAACCAUUUGUCAGCUAGCUAACCACUGCAUGAAACCCUGAUCUCUGUAAAUGAUACCUCCUGUAACUUGAAUCCGGUGUUCUCCGGGGAGGGUACACAUGACUAGUGAUGUGUCUAACUGAACAAAAAAGUCAUUUGUAUUUGGUCAGUUUUAAUUGAUGGUCGCACCAAGUGCCAUGCUUAUUUGUUUGUCUGGAUCAGUUUUUAUUGCACUCUUGAUGAAGUCACAUCGCUUAGCACAGAUUUUCAGUACCUUCAUGUUUUACAUUUUCAUCUUCAGUGUUUUGCACAAAAGUAUGUACCUGCGGGUCUGGUAAAUGUUCACCUUGGGAUAGAGUACUGUACAGAUUAAACUCAUCCAGACCAUA